CCGGGAUGGCCCGCAUUCCCACGGCUGCAGAUCUCCGGUGCCUCUCCCAGCCCACGCAGGCGCCCUCCAGCCCAGGUCGCACCUUCUCCUCUGAGGUCUGGCAGUGCAGGUGGAAGAGGCCUGACCCGAGCCGAGCCCUUCCCUGGGCCGGUCAUUGUGGUGCUGGCUGUGGCUCCUUCACCACCUGCCUGGACAGCGCCAACAGGCAGCCCCUGUCCUGCAAGAGCAAGGCCCGCUGGAGCACAGGAGGACCUUGUGGGUAGGCGGAGCCUCAGCCACCUCGACCCCGCCAGUAUGUCAAGCUCUUUUCAGAUCAGACCCG